CAUGUUUUUUUUCAAAGAAAAUUAAAAACCUUAGUUUUAAAAAAAAAAAAUAGAAGAGAUCUGAUCGCUUGCGAGGGUUUUCUUGUCUGGUUGGUCAAAUCAUAUCUGCUACCAAGACUAAAAGAGCCUUCUGCUACCUUAAAACUACUGUCUCUCCGAUCUAGCUUACACAUUUAGAUCAUAGAUAUUGGUCUUACACUCCUUAAAGAUUACUUUGUUAAAAGGGUGUAAGAAAGUUCAAUGGAAAAAACUAUAACCCCCAUUUGGAAAUUUUGAAGUUUUUAUAUUGUCUGUUUCAGAAAACUUUAAGAAACCCACUUUAGGAAACUCUGAUUUGUUAAAUGGGUUCCCAUUGUUUUCAACGCAUCAAAAUUUUAGAAGAUUCAUCGUUGUUCUUGGAAUCUCAAUCAAUUCCCUGGUGUUCUGUUGAUGGAAUGUUCAUGUCCUAAAAACUGCGUUGACCGGGAUCAUUGUUGAUUUUAGGUAGAGCUAUGGUGGAGGAAGGGAAUGUUGAAGCCUGUAAGGAGGCUGUGGAGGAGGAUAGUGAGCCCAAAGGAUUGUGUUACUGUUUCUGGGGUCCAAUUUAUUGGUUUAGGAUGCUUGCAAUGGAAACGCAUUGGAGUUUUGUAUUUGCAGUUGUAUCCGUUUAUGGGAUAAGCCAGGGUUUGGGUGGAGCUCUUGCCCGCGUUGGCACCGAGUAUUACAUGAAGGAUGUACAAAAGGUACAGCCUUCUGAGUCUCAGGUUUACUCCGGGAUUACUUCCAUUCCUUGGCUUGUCAAGCCUAUUUGGGGGCUUCUCACAGAUGUUGUCCCAAUUUUGGGUUACAGAAGACGGCCCUAUUUCAUUCUAUCUGGUUUGCUUGGUUUGGUCUCCAUGCUUUUAAUAUCAUUGCACAGCAAGCUGCAUCUGGUUUUUGCCCUGUUGGCAUUGACAGCAGGAAGUGCUGGGGUAGCUAUUGCAGAUGUGACUGUUGAUGCAUGCGUAGCACAGAACAGCAUUAGUCAUCCUUCCCUUGCGGCUGAUAUGCAAAGCUUGUGUACUUUGAUGUCUGCUAUUGGAGCUCUAGUGGGAUUCUCUAUCAGUGGUGUUUUUGUUCACCUAAUUGGCCCUAAGGGGGUCUUUGGAUUGCUGACCAUCCCGGCUGCCCUUGUUUUUUCAGUUGGGAUUGUUCUUGCUGAGCCCCAUGUGCCCAACUUUGCCUACAAAGAGGUAAGCCAGAAGUUCCUUGAUGCUGGCAAGGCUAUGUGGACAACGUUGAAAUACCCAGAGGUUUGGAGGCCUUGUUUAUAUAUGUACUUAUCCUUCGCAGUGAGCUUGAAUAUAAAUGAGGGAUUGUUCUAUUGGUACACAGACUCGAAGGAGGGGCCCUCUUUCUCUCAGGAGACUAUUGGUUACAUUUUCUCAAUUGGUGCAGUGGGUGCCGUCUUGGGGGCAAUACUCUACCAAAACAUGCUGAAGGAUCACCCUUUCCGGGACUUGCUUUUCUGGAUUCAGUUAUUUUUUGGUUUGGCAGGAAUGCUAGAUCUGAUGUUGGUGCUGCGAAUAAACUUGAAAUUUGGGAUACCAGAUUAUCUCUUUGUUGUGAUUGGUGAAGCGGUAACUCAAAUGAUUGGACGACUCAAAUGGAUGCCCCUUCUUGUACUGAGUGCCAAGCUUUGUCCUUCAGGUAUUGAAGGCACCUUCUUCGCCUUGCUCAUGUCAAUUGAUAAUGUUGGGCUUCUCUCAUCUUCGUGGGGAGGAGGCUUGUUACUUCACUUGUUGAAUGUUACUCGGACAAAGUUUCAAAAUCUCUGGCUGGCGAUAUUGAUCCGAAACAUAUUGAGGCUGUCUCCGCUCUGUAUCCUGUUCCUGGUACCCAGAGGUGAUCCCAAUUCUUCCAUUCUUCCAACUGAAAUGUUGGGUACCAAAGAUGAGACUGAAGCUGAAGAAGACAAGAACAUUGAAUUGGUCUCACUUGUCAACAGCGUUGAUGGUAGAUAACUUAUACAAGAAUCAAAGGUGCUAAUUUCUCCUACUACUGUAACUACACAUACAUCUGGAAGGGAAAAUCAACUCAGUUAAAAUCAAUGGAUGUCGAUAAGAAUUUCUACGAGAAAGGCUUGUAUCAUCAAUUCUUACACGUCAUUUGUUUCCUAUACGAAUUUUCUUGCCGAAUCAAGUUAGAUACUACGCUUUAAUGAAGGAAAUUAUUUCAUUGUUGCACUUGUUUAACUCUUAAAACUAGCCAUGUACGUCAAAGGUGGGUGGAUUUUGCUGUGAUCUUUUGACUCUGUUGAAAUUUGAUGAUUUCAUGUAUCUAC